AUGAAACAAGACCAGGAAAAGGAUAAAGUAGGAGACACCAACAACAUAAAUGAUCAACAACAACAGCAAGAUGGAGAUUCUAUACCUCGGAAAGGCAAGUCAAAGUCUGGGAAGUGGCGACCAUCGGCCAACCCAUUGGUGAAGCGAUUGGUCCUCUCGGUCGAUCCUCCCAACUGGAGCACUGUAUUCGCACGACCCGAGCAGCCGGUAUUCAUCGAUGUCGGCUGCGCAAAAGGCGAGGUGUUGUUGCAGUCCUCCGUGGCCAAUCCAGGUAUCAAUCACUUGGGCAUAGACAUUCGAGAAUCAUUGAUAGACACUGCGCAGCGAUCACAUAAAAUACUAGAGAUUGAGGCCAAGUGCAAAGUGGACAACGUACAUUUCAUGUCGGCCAAUGCCAAUGUCAACCUGUUCAACAUUGCCAAAUCACUGCCGGCUGGCUCCAUCCAGAAGGUUAGCAUUCUCUUCCCCGAUCCAUGGUACAAGAAGAAACAUGCCAAGAGACGUGUGGUCAAUGCCACAUUCGUCAACGAGAUUGCCAUGGUCACUCCAGUUGGUGCCAAGGUAUAUAUUAUUUCCGAUGUUCAAGAACUUUAUGAAGACAUGGCCAAUCACUUUUUGAGCAAUAGUGCAUUUGCCAAAAUGGAGAAUACCAUGGACGCUUGGGACAUUCCUGUUUCACACAAGCAGAGCUUCUAUAUUGAGAUAGGAAUGCCAAGUUGGAGAUCUGUACUGGUUCGUGUCUAA